UAAUGUCACACUCAGUAAUGUGAAUCUCAAUAAUGUCACUCUCAGCAAUAUCACUCGCAGCAAUAUCACUCUCUUUAAUAUCACUCUCAGUAGUAUAACUCUCAGCAAUGUCGUCACUCUCAGUAGUGUCACUCUCAGUAAUAGCACUCUCAGUAAUGUCACUCUCAAUAAUUUCACUCUCAGUAUUAUCACUAAUGUCACUCUCAGCAAUAUCACUCUCAGCAGUAUCACUCUCAGUAAUAUCACUCUCAGCGAAUAUCACUCUCACAAUAUCACUCUCAGUAAUGUCACUCUCAGUAAUACCACUAUCAGUAAUGUCCCUCUCAGCAAUAUCACUCUCA